AUGUCAGGUGAAUCAGGAGCUGGCAGACAGACACACGACCAGGGAGAGAUAGAGACGAGUGGUGUCACGUUCACUCCCUCGCUCUCUGUAGCCCCAUACACACUUUGCAGAACUUUACACAACCAUUGUGUUUUGUCUCCACUACAGUUCAGUUAAUAUUUUUGUGCAGACAAACUCAGCAAAAAAAUAUAUGUUACCAACUAUUGUGGCAAAUGCGUUGUGCAGUUGUAGAACCUGAGAACCUCUGUUUGAGUUCCAGCUGAUGGCUUCUCCAGCAGUACACAGGAGGGAGCCUCCCAAAUGGAGGGGGAGACUACUAGUCCCCCCACAGCCCAGCCUUCCAGAUAAGAAGGUAGUCUGUUGUGGUAGUCUAAGGAGGGAGAGAGAGGCCUGCUAAGCCUGCUUAGCAAGGCUCCAUUUCAUAAUUCUCUUACCACCCUCAAGUGGUGUAGGAGAAUACUGCAUCUCCACAUGCUCACAAUAUGAUAUCAUGUUCAUUUCAAUCCCUGAAUGAAUUAAAUCCCUGCGUGAAUCUCUGAACAUUCCUCGAAGCAUGCAGCAUGUUCGGUGCCUGAAUCACUGUUCUUUCUCCAGGUGUCUGUCCUAUACCUGGUCUUCGAUACCGAGAGGGGGGCCAUGACAUCGAAGCUAUAUCCUCCAUCUAAUAACUUCCUUCAAUGUAGUUAUUACUACACAAUUUCCUUCUCUCUGUAUUUCCUCUAUCCCACCCUCAUAUUCACAAGCCAAAGCCAAAAACCUGUAUGUUUUACAGUAUGUAUAUACGUAGCGGAGUACAUGCAGCACCUGAUGGCAGAGUAGAUGAGCAGCAGGAUGCAGUUGACCCUCGGCCAGACACUCAAUGGUAGAGUAACUACCUUAGUAGACAUCAUUUCUGUUGCUUAUAGCCCUCAAGGUCUGCUUGUCUUCUCUUCUGUUCUCUUCUUCUCUUCUCUGCUCUUCUCUUCUCUUCCCUUCGCUUCAAUACAUACAAUAUUCUAUGAGUGCCUAAAAUCACUUUAUUUCUCACUGAAAUACCACAUACACGCUUGUCAGCGCAUGUUUUGAGCAUCUCUUCCUGUACAUGUUGUAUCCUAGGCUACGACUGGGGCCCUGCUCAGUGCCCCCAGGCUGCCCGCCUGCUCCCCCAUCAUGUGCCCUCCUUCCUGCGUCCCACCGUGCCCACUUCACAGCUGCCCAGGGACAGCAGGGACAGGGAGCGCCUCCCCAGUCAUUCUCAGCAACUGCCCGGCCUGGCUGACCUGGCUGCAGGAGACAGGACCAUCGAAAGGCUCUCCCCAGUCCAGUGUAAGCAGAACACUGAGCAUGGAGUUGGUUACUGGUACAGUUACUAGUACUGGUCUGAAACUGGCUGGCCUUAACUAAUUAUGUCUAAGAUGUUGCAGAUAGCUAGCUAUUGUGAAGGCUUUACUUGCGAUUAUCAUAAUAUGUUAUUGGAUUAGCUACUUUAGUUGAAUGCACUUAUUGUAAGUCACACUGGAUAAGAGUGUCUGCUAAAAUGUCAAAAGAAGCAUUCUAUUUCUCCUAAAUCUUUUUCUUCUUCUGAACAGGGAGAGGGCCCCAUUCCUACAAUGCCCCUGCCAGUAUGCAACUCAGAUUCAACCGGUAAGAAAAACACAACAUAAACCAGGUUUCCAUCCAACCUUGUUAUGGGAGUAAAGGACAUGUCGGAUAAAAAAAUGUAAUGACAUGUCUGAUGGAAACGGAACAUUUGUCGGGAAACGUUCCAAAUUUCGACAAAACUAAACACACUAGACAAGGUGUCGGUAAAAUGUAUUAUGCGAGAAAUGACCAUGGAACCGCUUUUACGCGCAAAUAUUGAUAUAAUAACCAUCAUAUCGAAGUAAACUUGGAGUCACGCAAUGACAUGGUGUGUGGUCGUCCCACAACGACUCGUUGGGAAAUCAUGCAGUUUAUUAGGCUACAGAUUAAAUAAGUUAUGCCGAACAUCACAGGGUGAUGAAAGUGCAAGGUGAUGAGCUUGAUGCUCCUUUCCAAUAAAUAUUGAGGGUCGUAUUCUGGUGAAAUGAUCAUCGAUGCUUGGCUGCCGAGACCGAGUCUGUGUCUCUCUAAUGGAUAGGCAGACCAUUCCAUAAAAAUUGAGCUCUAUAGGAGAAAGCCCUGCCUCCAGCUGUUUGCUUAGAAAUUCUAGGGAAAAUAAGGAGGCCUGAGUCUUGUGACCAUAGCGUACGUGUAGGUAUGUAUGGUAGGACCAAAUCGGAGAGAUAGGUAGGAGCAAGCCCAUGUAAUACUUUGGUUAGCAGUAAAACCUUGAAAUCAGCCCUAGCCUUAACAGGAAGCCAGUGUAGAGUCUUUGGCAUUGGAGUAAUAUGAUCAAAUAUUUUGGUUCUAGUCAAGAUUCUAGCAGCCAUGUUUAGCACUAACUGAAGUUCAUUUCUAGAGAAUCUAGAAGUGACAAAAGCAUGGAUUAGCUUUCUGCAUUAUUUUUGGACAAAACUUUUCUGAUUUUUGCAAUGUUACGAAGAUGGAAAAAAGCUGUCCUUGAAAUAUUCUUGAUAUGUUCGUCAUAAGAGAGAUCAGGGUCCAGAGUAACUCCAAGGUAUUUCACAGGUUUUUUUUAGAUGACUAUACAACCAUCAAGAUUAAUUGUCAGAUCCAACAGAAGAUCUCUUUGUUUCUUGGGACCUAGAACUAGCAUCUGUUUUGUCCGAGUUUAAAAGUAAAACAUUUGCCACUUCCUUAUUUCUGAAACACUUGCUUCCAGGGUAGACAAUUUUGGGGCUUCACCAUGUUUCAUCGAAAUGCAGAGCUGUGUGUCGUCCACAUAGCAAUGAAAGUUAACAUUGUGUUUCCGAAUGACAUCACCAAGAGGUAAAAUAUAUAGUGAAAACAAUAGUGGUCCUAAAACGGAUCCUUGUGGAACACUGAAACGUACAAUUGAUUUGUCAGAGGACAAACCAUCCACAGAGACGAACUGAUAUCUUUCCGACAGCUAAGAUCUAAACCAGGCAAGAACUUGUCCGUGUAGACCAAUUAAGGUUUCCAAUCUCUCCAAAAGAAUGUGGUGAUCGAUGGUGUCAAAAGCAGUACUAAGGUCUAGGAGCACGAGGACAGAUGCAGAGCCUUGGUCUGACGCCAUUAAAAGGUAAUUUACCACCUUCACGAGUGCAGUCUCAGUGCUAUGAUGGGGUCUAAAAAACCAGACUGAAGCAUUUCGUAUACAUUUUUUGUCUUCAGGAAGGCAGUGAGUUGCUGCACAACAGCUUUUUCAAAAUUAUUUGAGAGGAAUGGGAGAUUCGAUAUAGGCCGAUCGUUUUUUACAUUUUCUGGGUCAAGGUUUGGCUUUUUCAAGAGAGGCUUUAUUACUGCCACUUUUAGUGAGUGUGGUACACGUCCAGUGGAUAGGGAGCCAUCUAUUAUGUUCAACAUAGGAGGGCCAAGCACAGGAAGUAGCUCUUUCAGUAGUUUAGUUGGAAAAGGGUCCAGUAUGCAGCUUGAUGGUUUAGAGGCCAUGACUAUUUUCAUGAAUGUGUCAAGAGAUACAGGAUUAAAAAACUUGAGUGUCUCCAUUGAUCCUAGGUCCUGGCAGUUUUGUGCAGACUCAGGACAGCUGAGGUUUGGAGAAAUAUGCAGAUUCAAAGAGGAGUCUGUAAUUUGCUUUGUAAUGAUCAAUAUCUUUUCGUCGAAGAAGUUGAAUUCAUCACUGCUGAAGUGAAAGGCAUCCUCUCUUGGGGAAUGCUGCUUUUUAGUUAGCUUUGCGACAGUAUCAAAAAUACAUUUAGGAUUGUUCUUAUUCUCCUCAAUUAGGUUGGAAAAAUAGGAUGAUCGAGCAGCAGUGAGGGCUCUUCGAUAUUGUACUGUUCUUUCUUUCCAAGCUAGUAGGAAGACUUCCAGUUUGGUGGAGCGCAAUUUCCCUUCCAAUUUUCUGGAGGCUUGCUUCAGGGCUUGGGUAUUUUCUGUAUACCAGGGAGCUAAUUUCUUGUGACAAAUGUUUUUUGUUUAUAGGGGUGCGACUGAUUCUAGGCUAUUACGCAAGGUUAAAUUUAGAUCCUCAGUUAGGUCGUUAACUGAUUUUUGUACUCCGACGUCCUUGAGUAGGUGGAGUGAGUCUGGAAGGGCCUCUAGGAAUUUUUGGGUUGUCUGAGAAUUUAUAGCAUGGCUUUUGAUGGUCCUUGGUUGGGGUCUGAGCAGAUUAUUUGUUGCGAUUGCAAAUGUAAUAAGAUGGUGGUCCGAUAGUCCAGGGUUAUGAGGAAAAACAUUUAGAUCCACAAUAUUUAUUCCACGGGACAAAACUAGAUCCAGGGUAUGACUGUGGCAAUGAGUAGGUCCAGAGACAUGUUGGACCAAACCCACUGAGUCGAUGAUGGCUCCGAAAGCCUUUUGUAGUGGGUCUGUGGACUUUUCUAUGUGAAUAUUAAAGUCACCAAAAAUGUGAAUAUUAUGUGCCAUGACUACAAGGUCCGAUAGGAAUUCAGGGAACUCAGUGAGGAACUCUGUAUACGGCCCAGGAGGCCUGUAAACUGUAGCUAUAAAAAGUGAUUGAGUAGGCUGCAUAGAUUUCAUGACUAGAAGCUCAAAAGACGAAAACGCAGUCAUUUUGGGGUGGGGUGAAUUGACAUUUGCUAUCGUAAAUGUUAGCAACACCUCUACCUUUGCGGGAUGCGCAGGGGAUAUGGUCACUAGUGUAAACAGGAGGAGAGGCCUCAUUUAACACAGUAAAUCCAUCAGGCUUAAGCCAUGUUUCAGUCAGGCCAAUCACAUCAAGAUUAUGAUCAUUGAUUAGUUAUUUGACCAUAACUGCCUUAGAAGUGAGGGAUCUAACAUUAAGUAGCCCUAUUUUGAGAUGUGAGAUAUCACAAUCUCUUUCAAUAAUGACAGGAAUGGAGGAGGUCUUUAUUCCAGUGAGAUUGCUAAGGCGAACACCGCCAUGUUUAGUUUUGCUCAACCUAGAUCGAGGCACAGACACGGUCUCAAUGGGGAUAUCUGAGCUGACUACACUGACUGUCCUAGUGGCAGACUCCACUAAGCUGGCAGGCUGGCCAACAGCCUGCUGCCUGGCCUGCACCCUAUCUCAUUGUGGAGCUAGAGGAGUUCAUCGCUGGUUGAAAACAGUUUUCUGCCCCUCCCAAAAGAUAGAAUUUGUAGAUAAUUGGCCCUUUUUCUGGGAUUCACCCACAAACAGGACCAAGCCUGGCCUGCUGAGGUGUGAUGGACUCCAUCCUAGCUGGAGGGGUGCUCUCAUCUUAUCUACCAACAUAGACAGGGCUCUGAGUUGUGAGACUCUGCUGUAGAGCUCAUCACUUGCCCUAACUGGGAGGGGGCCAGAGACAAUUACUCAAUGCCGAUACAUCUUACUAGCUAAUUUACACGCUGAAGCUAUGUUGCUCUUGGUGACCUCUGACUGUUUCAUCCUAACACCGUUGGUGCCAACGUGGAUAACAAUAUCACUAUACUCUCUACACUCGCCCGUUUUUGCCUUAGCCAGCACCAUCUUCAGAUUAGCCUUUACGUCGGUAGCCCUGCCCCCUGUUAAACAGUGUAUGAUCGCUGGAUGAUUAUUUUUAAGUCUAAUAUUGCGGGUAAUGGAGUCACCAAUGACUAGGGUUUUCAAUUUGUCAAAGCUAAUGGUGGGAGGCUGCGGUGGCUCAGACCCUGUAAUGGGUGGAGGAGAGACCUGAGAAGGCUCGGCCUCUGACUCCGACUUGUUGCUUAAUGGGGAGAACCGGUUGAAAGUUUCUGUCACCGGUUGAGCAUGCCGACAGCAUUACUUUCCAGAAGCCUUGAGAAAAUUGUCCGGCUGCGGGGACUGUGUGAGGGGAUUUAUACUACUAUCUGUACUUACUGGUGGCACAGACGCUGUUUCAUCCUUUCCUACACUUAAAUUGCCCUUGCCUCACGAUUGCAUCUGAAGCUGGGCUUGCAGCACGGCUAUCCUCACCAUAAGGCAAUAGUUUUCCUGUAUAUUAUGAGUACAGCGACUGCAAUUAGAUGGCAUAGUGUUAAUGUUACUACAUAGCUUCGGCUGGUGGAGGUCCUGUAGAAACAUGUCCAGAUAAAGCGUCCUUUGAGAAAAAGUUGAAUGAAAAAAGUUGAGCGAGGGAAAAAAAUAUAUAUAAAAAUAACUAAGACGUUGGUAAAAUGUGUUAAAUGAAGAUUGAUUAAACGGUUUUAAAAAACACUGCUAGCUUAUUUUGGGUUAACGUUUUUGAACUCCAAGCACAGAUAGGAUACAUGUAAAUUCAUUUCCUAAGGCAUUAAUCAUGCAAACACAUUAGUUUUUUAUUGUGACAUGGCCUCAGUGAGAUUCCAACCUAUAAUCUUCUCUUGUUUAUCCAUGAAAUGAGUCCACUGCGCCACCAGGAAGGAGCUAGCGUGCUUAAUGAGUGCUUUUUUACGCAUGCAAAGCUGUUAAUUUUAGUCUAGUAAAAAUACACCCCAUUUCAAAGUAAACAAACACUCAUUAAGUUUAGGUGUGGCCAAUUAGUAGGCGUGGCCAACACACCUGAACACACUUAACAAGAUAAAGGAUAGAGAGAGUUUUGUUAAUGUUGAGAAUGGAAUGUAUACAUUUUUUAAUAACAUUCUUAGAAUGCUCUCUGAAUGUACAAAUGUUUUCUUGUGGUUUUUAUGGAAUGUUUUCUUAACGUUCUUGGAACAAUUUGAGAACAUUACUUUAAAUAGGACCAUGAGUAAACCUCUAGGAAAUGUUAUGCUGACGUACUGAAAAUCCUGCAGAAUUACGUUGUUUCUUAACAUUCUUGGAACAAUUUGAGAGCAUUCCCAAUGUCAAACUAGUUGGAGAACGUUCCUAGAACAUUACAAAAUUUUUAAUUAAAUGUAACCAUGUUUGAACUAUUAGGAAACAUUCUGUUAAAGUAAUGAAAUACCAAGACAAAUAUAGUUUUUUAAGUUGCUUAAAUUUGCUGAGAACGUUCCAAAGCCAAGCAACUGUCCUGCACCAGUCCAAGAAAGUUGUGGGAAGGCUGUAUGCAAAAUGACCAUAGGACAACCACACUCUCACCAAGCUCUAAGAAACAAAUGGUUCUCAGAACGUUAUGUGCUAGCUGUGGAAUCCAUUAGCCUGGUCCCAGAUCUAUUUGUGUUCUAAAAGUAACUUCAGCAUACAAAACAACUGAAUCAAAAGACUCCAGAAAAUCAAUCACAAAAUUCAUUUAAAUGUUUUUUUGGGGGAAAGUUUUAAUUAAGCAAUCAAAUAAAUGUAAUCAAAUUUCGAAUCAAAUUCCCUGAUUGUUUGAACACAAUGGAAUUUCAAUUCCAGUUUGCAACUGUAAAAAAAUAUUUUAAAUAUCCUAGUAAACAAUAUCAGACAACAGACAAUACAACAGUUUUAACAUUAAAACAAUAACAUUUUACUCCCUUUUUAUCCUGCAUACAGUAAAUGUCAAUCUAUUCCGGCAAGAAUGAAACACAAAAAGAAGAAGCGGAAAGUAACUGGAGGAACUAAAAGAAACACGUUGGUAAAACACCAACACAAAAAGACUGCAUCAGGAACCUCACCGAUGAAU